CGAUCUGCCGGUAUAAUAGCGCGUUCCCUGGUGGCAUGAUGGCACUCAGCCUCCGAGAAGCAGCAACACCGAGUCCCAGAAUCCCACAGACAUGAAGCUUACGGCCUGCUUCGUCACACUGACCACGCUGAUCAACUUGGUGCUGACCGACGUGGAUGAACACAUUCUGUUUCGGCACAGACGGGGUAUACACGGAUAUGAGACGCAUGAAGAACCAAGUGGCGGUCAUGAGUUCGAGCCCAUCACGAAGCACGAGGUGGUGAGCCACUUCUCGAUACCGUCAGUUAAGGCCGUCAAGGUCUCCGUACCUCAUCCCAUCCCUGUGGCUGUUCCCCAACCCGUCCCUGUACCAGUCCCUCAGCCUUACGCCGUGCACGUCAGGGUGCCCGAAAGAGUGGAGGUGCCCAUCGUGAAGACGGUCCACGUGAUAGUGGAGAAACCGUAUCCCGUCACUGUGGAGAAGCCAGUGCCCUAUCCGGUCGAGAAGCCGUACCACGUGACCAUUGAGAAACACGUACCUGUCCCUGUGCCCAAACCCUUCCCAGUGCACUACACUGUAUACAAGCACAUCUACCACGCCCCGAAAAAACACUACUAAGCGUUAUUACCAUGGUAAUUAAGAUGUCCUUCACCAGAAUUGGCGGGUUUGUCGUGCACCAAUCACAGAAACUAUGUCUUGGAAGAAAGUAAAAGGUCGGUGGGGGGACGAAAGGAAACACAGAACAUUCAGUGGUGCUAAAUGUGACGUUGUGAAACGUUGGUUUCCAGUGAUAGCGAAUUUUUUGUUAAAUUUAUGAUACAAAAUCAAUUAUGAACCGACAACCGUCCGCGACAGUUAAACACCUGUGAUGUAUGCGGCCUAGGAAGUCACGUGCUGCAUUACUAGCAGAACUAAAAACAUCGUGCUUGUUCUCAUUAAUAAAUAUGGACAAUACUUUAUAACACUAGAAUUAUCAUAAAACAAUAAAAAUAAAUAAAUAAAUAACGAUAUUACGAACAGCGGAGCACCUGAAAGCAACAAACAUUAAUUCAUAACCAAUAUUCUCCACUCAGGAAUAGGGGGGUUUAUGCAUGCAUGCGCACAUCACCUGCCUACCGGGCAGCCUACAUCACAGGUGUUAACUUUUGUGUACAGUACGCUGUUUGUAAAUAUUGAACAUAAAUUCACGAUCUAAGCUGUACAAAUCCACGCCUUUCUUCUCCAUCAGAAAACAAGGUCACAACAUUGUGCUAGGAACAGGUGUGAACUUGCGAAAAACACAUUUCAUCUGCCGUUAUUUCUUUCAGAAUGAGCUCCUUUGCACUGAUUGGUCACCCACAGACACUCUACCCAACCGCCAAAUCUAGUUUAAAAAAUAUAACUGAUUAAGCAACAAACUCCCUGGCGACAGUUUCCCGUCACCCCUCAUUCUCUCAACACUUUAAUGUUUCGAUACAGAAACAUUCACAUUUCCCGCAACUGAGAGGAGUUUCAUGUACCAAUACGACGUGGGAUAGCGACACUUGAUCGGACUUCGUUAUUCACAGUCGAUAUAAUCCAUUUUAAACCUCUAAGUACUAAAUUACUUCCAAUAAACCAUUUUUAAGUCUUCAUACAUUGACAAAUGACGCCCACCAGGCGUAAACUUCAAAACUGUCACAGUUAGUCCAAAAUUGGAAAAAAACUUAUUUU